UGGGGGCGGUGAAAGAAGAUUGCUGACUAAGAUGGCGGCUGAGGCGCAGAGUGAAGGGGAGGUGCCAGCCCGCGAAUCUGGCCGGAGUGAUGCCAUCUGCAAUUUUGUUAUCUGCAAUGACUCUUCCCUUCGAAGUCAGCCCAUUAUCUUCAAUCCUGACUUUUUUGUGGAGAAACUCCGACAUGAGAAACCUGAGGUGUUCACUGAGUUGGUGGUCAGCAAUAUCACAAGGCUUAUCGAUUUACCUGGAACUGAGUUGGCGCAGCUGAUGGGAGAAGUGGACCUUAAGUUGCCUGGUGGGGCUGGCCCGGCAUCAGGAUUCUUCCGGUCUCUAAUGUCUCUCAAGCGAAAGGAAAAAGGAGUAAUAUUUGGAUCCCCACUGACAGAGGAAGGCAUUGCCCAGAUAUACCAACUGAUUGAAUAUCUACACAAAAACUUGCGAGUAGAGGGUUUGUUUAGAGUACCAGGGAAUAGUAUCCGACAGCAGGUUUUAAGGGAUGCUCUCAAUAAUGGAACUGAUAUCGACUUGGAAUCAGGGGAGUUUCACUCAAAUGAUGUUGCCACCUUGCUGAAGAUGUUUCUAGGAGAGUUACCUGAGCCCUUGCUGACACAUAAACAUUUCCAUGCACACCUCAAAAUUGCGGAUUUGAUGCAGUUUGAUGAUAAAGGAAACAAGACCAGUGUACCAGAUAAGGAGCGGCAAAUUGAGGCUCUUCAGUUGCUCUUCCUCAUUCUCCCUCCACCCAAUCGUAACUUGCUGAAGUUAUUGCUUGAUCUCCUGUACCAGACAGCAAAGAAACAAGACAAGAAUAAGAUGUCUGCCUAUAACCUUGCCCUUAUGUUUGCUCCCCAUGUCUUGUGGCCAAAAAAUGUCACUGCAAAUGACCUCCAAGAGAAUAUCACAAAAUUAAACAAUGGGAUGGCUUUUAUGAUUAAACACUCUCAGAAACUUUUUAAGGCUCCUGCUUAUAUUCGGGAGUGUGCCAGAUUGCACUAUUUGGGUUCCAGAACUCAAGCAUCAAAGGAUGAUCUUGAUCUGAUAGCUUCGUGUCACACCAGGUCCUUCCAACUGGCAAGAUCUCAGAAAUGGAACCGAGAAGAUUCCUGCCCUCAUCAGGAGGAGACCCAGCAGCGUACGGAAGAAGCACUAAGGGAAUUGUUCCAACACGUUCACAAUAUGCCAGAAUCGGCAAAGAAGAAACAGCUUAUCAGACAGUUUAAUAAGCAUUCUGGGACCCAAACACCAGGACGAGAACCUCCUACUCUCCACGUGAAGAAGAGGGCCCGUUCACGGUCCUUCAGUGGCCUUAUUAAGCGGAAGGUCCUGGGAAAUCAGAUGAUGUCAGAAAAGAAAAACAAGUACUCUACUCCGGAAUCUGUAGCCACUGGUGAAUUGAAGAGAGCCAGCAAAGAAAAUAUGAACUUAUUAUUUUCUGACUCUCCAGCUGUCAUGAUGACACCAACAAGACUGAAAUGGUCUGAGGGGAAGAAAGAGGGGAAAAAAGCCUAGGAUUCCUCUGAAGGAUCCAGAGGUUUCCUGUUGUCCACCCAGAAUUUUCUCUUUUGUGGGCCAGGUGCCGUUGCCGCUCACAGAGAAGCUUGGACUUGCAGCUUCCUUGCUGCAGGUUGAAUUGUGAAAGCCAACUAAUCCUGUGACUUGACUGAUACCUCUAACCCUGCUCAGUGGGUGAUGUCUGCAGACUCUGCCUGCUGAACCAGUGCUAGUGACUCUUUCUCUUUUAAAAAAAAUGUAAUGAGGAAACCACUAACCAGCCAAAGCAGCUUACACAGCACAGUAAAUUAGUGGAAGCAGGCUCACCCCUGUGCUCAUUCCAUGUGUUUGUUUAGGCAGAUUCUGUUUUUUAAAAAUUUAAAAUUUGUGCUCAACUGCCAGUGA